AUGGUUUCAAUUUUGAAUAAUUCAGAAAACAUUUAUUUUCUACUUCAGGUCUCUCCAAUUGUACAAAUCCAUACUCUUAGAGCAAAUGUGAGAUAUAGAAUAGGUCCAGAAGAUGGAAUCACAGACGUUGAUAUUUCAUAUCCUGACCCACCAGCUUGCAUAACCACAAGUUUUGAUCUAUGGAUCAAGAACGAGGAUCGUGAAUUUAGAUUAACAAGGAAAGGAGAUAACAACCAAACAGAAGGAUGCAAAUACUUUUACAAGGAUUGUGUUACAGGAUCUUAUUUGCCAAUUCCAAUAUUCCCAGACAUCAUUGUGGUUUCUUCUGGUACAAAAUUAAGGGUGAUGACAUCCCAACCGAAUGAGUGUAAUAUUGCGUUUGUGUUAAAAACCCAGGAUGUUUCUGAUUUGGUAGGGUCAAAAAUUAUGUUCAACACUGAAAUCCAAGCUUACAAGGUUAAUUCCAAAGAAAAUUCACAGAAAAUGAUUACAGAUGGGAUUUCCACAUCAACAAGUCAGUAUAGAGAUAAACACGAAAAAAAAGCUCAAGGUGACAUAGGGAAAAGCUACUUAGUUUUUACUGAAGCUUCACUUGGGAAAGGAGGUAAUGGAGAAGUAUUUUUAGGUCUGAAUAGAGAAACAUUUGAAUUUGUUGCUGUUAAAUCGGAAAUGUCAGGUUCUCUCUCUAGGGAAGCGGAUUAUUUGGAGAAAUGUAAAAGUGAUUAUGUUGUAAGGAAAUUAGGCUGGUUCCAAAAUAGAACUGAUAACAGAGAAUAUUUAAUUAUGGAAUUAUUUCAUGGAGGAACAAUACGUCAGCUAUUGAGAUUUAAAUAUAAAAAUGGCCUUCCAAUCAAUUCUGUGAGAAACCUAAUGUAUACUUUAUUGGUUGGAAUAAGUCAAAUGCAUUCUAAAGGAGUGGUUCAUAGGGAUUUGAAGACGGCCAAUUUGAUGUUAACUGAUGUUGUACGUGAUAUAGAUACAUGCAAUUCUCAAAUGAAAAUAUGUGAUUUGGGUAACUCUGGAAUAUCUAUUGGAGGAAGACUUAAAGGACAUUGUUGUACAUGUUUUGCUACAGCUCCUGAAGUAUAUUUAAACAACGAUUAUGAUGAGAAAGUUGACAUGUGGUCUAUUGGAACCAUUCUGUAUGAAUUGAUUACAGGGCAGAGAUUGAUUGAAUGCAAUCAUCAAAUCCAUUGUAAUGCAAAUGAAAAGAUACUUAGAUUUGAUUUUUCUAUUGUUGAAAAAAAAAUCAAAGAACAUGCCUCAGCAAAUUAUGCUUUUGGAGAUCUAAAUUGGAUAGAAGAUGUAAUUGAUUUAUUAAGAAGGUUAUUAGAAAAAAGUCCUUCGAGAAGGAUUUCUGCUCAAGAAUCUUUGUCCCAUCACUUUUUUUCAAAUUACCAACCUACAAAUAUAGAUAACUCUUGGAAAUGUACAACAAGAUUACAUUUAAUCAAAAUACUAGAUGAAAAUAUCCCAGUUCAGCACGAGUCAGAGGAAGCAAAUACAUAUCUACCAAAUUGUAAAUGUUGUUCAAAUCAAAUCAGCAUAAAUCAUAAAUUCAAUUAUUCUAUCAACUCAGCUUCAAGGAUAUCAACAGGUUGUUUUCCAAGUUUGAACACAUUCUAUACAUAUUGUACUUGGAAAAAUCCAAUUGCAGCAGUUUCCUUAAACAAAUCUCAGGUCGGAAAUGAGAAAAUUAAUAAGCAAUCAAUAAGAAAUUCUAUCAUUCACAGAGGUCAAAUUCUAAAUAAUAAUGGUAAUAAUAAUAACAUUUACAACGAGCAAAACAUGAAUACUCAGAAUAGAUAA